AUGCGUAGCAGAAAUAUAUUUGUACGUUUUAUAGGGCACGUGGCGAGAAAGUUUAGAGGGUUCCAAGAAGUAUGGAUACUGCCAUGGUGGGGAAGUGGUUGGGUGGCCGCUAUUCCUUUGAGCGUGUUGGACUCAAUGGUGUUGGUAGCGAAGCUGUGCUCAUGUUGCGUUGUUGCAGCUGUGAGGGUAUUAAUUCCACCCACUAUGAAGAAUAUGAAUGGAGAAACUGUAUUGAUAACAGGAGCUGGUCAAGGAUUGGGACGCGAGUUGGCACUGCAGUUCGCAGAUCUUGGGGCAACCGUGAUCUGUUGGGACAAAGACGCGAGGCGGAACAAGGCAGUCGUUGACGAAAUUAGGAAGAAGGACGGAGAUAGCUAUGGCUUUACAGUUGAUGUAACAGUUCGAGAACAAGUAUCAUCCCUCGCAGCCAGUAUACGGAGACAAAUCGCCGACGUGUCGAUGGUAGUCAGCAACGCUGGGGCAGUAAGUUGCGGACCGCUGACACAUCUGAAAGCGGAAAGUAUUGCUAAACUAAUUGAGAUCAACUUGCUAGCACAUUUUUGGGUCAUAGAAGCUUUUCUUCCUAGUAUGAUUGAACGUCGGCAAGGGCAUAUAGUGGCCAUCAAUUCUAGCGCGGGAUUAUUGCCCUGUCCGGACAUGAUACCUUAUAGUGCGGCGAAAUAUGGACUGAGAGGUUUAAUGGAGUCAAUAACCGAGGAAUUACGUCUGGACUCAUGGACAAAGAAUAUACACACUACAUCGGUUUACCUCGCUACGAUUUCUACUGGUUUAUAUCCACCACCGUCUCACCGGUUUAGCUGGUGGUAUUCAGAGAUAAGUGCAAAGGAAGCUGCAAGAAUAAUCAUUGAAGGCAUUAGAAAAAAUAAAAAAUGCAUCAGCAUACCAACUGCAAUGAAAACAUUUAUUGAUCUCAACAACCUUAUGCCUUACAGAAUAAGGAUUAUUUUAACAGAUUUCUUUAAUUACCCUCACAGAGGCUGGUUUUGUUUUUGUUAA